AGACUGUCCCUGUCGCCGGGGCCAGGGAGCUCUGCAAAGCUCCCAUUAGCCAAUCACACGGGCAGGGGCCGAAUGACCUCACGUUGGCCGGGACUCGGCGGCCACUAAACCCCGGUCCAUUUGCCGCCGUGGUUGCGCUGCCUCCCAAGUCCGUGAGGCAUUUUCGAAGCUGAUAAAGCGAACUCCAACCUGAAAUUGAGGCUCCACAGCAGGAAAACAAGAUGCGCGCGCCCAUUCCAGAGCCCCAGCUUGGAGAUCUGAUUGAGAUUUUCCGCCCCAUCUACAGACACUGGGCCAUCUAUGUUGGUGACGGAUAUGUGAUCCACCUGGCCCCGCCAAGUGAAAUCGCGGGAGCUGGUGCGGCCAGCAUCAUGUCUGCCCUGACUGACAAGGCCAUAGUGAAGAAGGAACUACUGUGUGAUGUGGCCGGGAGAGACAAAUACCACGUCAAUAACAAACACGAUGGCAAGUACCCACCGCUGCCUCCCAGCAAAAUCGUCCAGCGGGCGGAGGAGCUGGUGGGGCAGGAGAUGCUGUACAAGCUGACCAGCGAGAACUGUGAGCACUUUGUCAAUGACCUGCGCUACGGAGUCCCGCGCAGUGACCAGGUCAGAGAUACCGUGAUGGCAGUUGGCAUUGCAGGAGUGGGCUUGGCAGUCAUGGGCCUCAUUGGCGUUAUCUCCUCAAGAAACAAGCGACAAAAGCAAUAAGUUGAAGAGACUGUCCUGCCAGCAAUUACCUUAUACAUUAAGGGGGUCUUGUUUUGCUAGAGGUUUUGAGAUUUGGUUUAUGAAUUUCAUUCUGUUUUUUAUAAUAAGGCUUAUUUUCAUAGAAUUAAAUAAAGCCCAAUAAGGGAGGAUUUUAUUGGGGGAAAUGCAGCAAGAACUGCCUGGUGUGAAAUCCAUUGAGGGCACAGCUGGGCUCUGUUCCUGGUGAUGCCAGCUUGUCCUUUGACCUUUGGUGAUUUCCUCUCACUUUCUCUUUGUGAGAUGCAUUCUUUACCUUGCAGGAAAAAGCCCAACUCUGGUUAUCUCAAGUAAUGGGCGUUUUUGGUUGUGAGGAUACACGUAGGAAGCAAGGGAGACACACCUGAUUGACAUACAAGAACAGGAACCAUAGUCCAGCCAGGACCUUGGCCUGGAGCUAGACCCGGGAUAUCUUCUAGACUCAGCAGGCUGUAGACGUUCAGUGGCGUUCAAACCAAACCAAACCAAACCAAACCUCCGCCCUAAGGAAAAUCAGUGCGUGCUCUUGCCAAUCUUGUUAAAACUGCCCUUACCCCCCUCUGCUCUCCACGUCUUUCCUCUGCCUUGUUGCUUCCUCCUCCCUCCCCCAGCCCUCCUGCUUUCUCACUGCUUGGGCUUGCCAUGACCCUCCCCCUCCAGGUCUCUGAUCCCACACUUCCUCCUACAGCCUCUCUUCCCACAUCAGCUCAACUCCAUCUCUUCCCAGCUACCUGCCAGGUGCUCCUAGUUCAAGUUCCUGAGAGAGAAUCUGAUUGGCUCAGCUCAUCACAUCCUAGCUCAGCCUGCUGAUUGGCUGCUGUUGGGUCAGGUGACCCCACUAGGCCAAUGAGCUCUGCUUGAUGGGGUCAGGUCACAUGGUACAAGGUUGUCUCAGACCCUAUCAGCUGGGGGGUGUAGCAGGCCUCAGGCCUGACCUCCCUUUUGCGUAGCCCUUCAUAGGGGAAAGGAGUGACCUCUUGUGGCUAGUCCCUUGAGGCUUGCUGCUACUGCUCACGGCUUGCCAUGACCCUCCCCCUCCAGACCAACCAAAGCAACCAAAUGUAAAAAACAACUAUAAAAGCAAUUUAGGAUAAUUGGGGAAAUGAGAAUAUGGACUGGGUAUUCAAUAAUAUUAAGGAAUUAUUAAUUUUAUUAAGUGUGAUAAUGGUAUCAGGUUCAUGUAAACACAUGACCAAAUUGAAAAAAUAGAUGCAGAUAAAGCAAAUACGGCAAAACAGUAAGUUUUAAAUCUAGGCGGUGGAUAUAUGUGUGGUCAUCAUACUAGUCUUUCUAGUACUUUUUGCAUGUUAAAAAUUUACAUAGUAAAUAACUUAAAGAUACCUGAAAUUUGAACUUGAAAAUUUAAGUAAAAUAAGACUUUGAAUCUACUUCAAUAAAUUAUAUAAUAACUUAAAAACUAAAAGAAAAAACAUAUGCUUGGCAAAUACUAAAAACUAAUAUACUAACUAAAAGCAGGUAUAUUGAUAUCAGAAAAUAUAGGCUUUAAGGAAAAAUUAUUGCUAGACAGAAAGAAGAUGAAAAAUGUGGCAUAAUAAGAAAUACAUUUGGUCUUUGUCUUUGGUUCCUGGUCAAGCUCCUGAAACCCUCGGAAUUUCCUGAGUAUAGGAAUAUCUUUUGUUAUUCAUAACAAGCCCCCUGUGGAUCACACCAGAGUUUUGCCUGAUGAAUUGACUUAGAGUGGGGACCCUAGACAGCCUUAGGAUGGGGCUGGUCGUCAGAAAGACCAAGUGAUUAGAGGUUGGCACUUUUAGGCCCACCCACUGAUCUCUGGGAAGGGGAGGGAGGCUGAAGAUUAAGCUCUAUAAAAACUCCUAAACCAGGAGACUUGAUGGGCUUCUGGGUGGUGAACACAUCGGGGGUGCUGGGAGAGUGGCAUGCUUAAGAGGGCAUGCACCAAAAUAUGGUGAUGGAAAGAGAACUGACUCUGGGUGGUGAGCACACAAUGUGAGAUACAGAUGAUGUAUUACCAAAUUGUUCACCUGAAAUCUAUGUAACUUUCCUAACAAUUGUCACCCCAAUAAACUUUUAAUUAAAAAAAAAAGAGGGCAUGAAAGCUGCUUGCAUCCCUCUGCCCCCUGUUAUAGAGAAAACCACAAGCUCAAAAUGGCAUCACUCAUGCUAAAAGCCCAAGAUACCAAACCUAGAUUUAAUACCUGAUGUAAUUACAGUUUCAACUUUUCGGAAAUGGAAUCUUAAUCAACUAGUCUGGAAUUUUCUGGUCAAGUAUCAGCAAGGUAAUCUGUCAUGUGGGCCUUUUCCACCACCGCUCCCCCCAUUCCUCCCCUCCUCCAUAGAAAUGAGAGGCAAUCUUCAUGAUAAAAAUCCUUGCUGUUCCCUUCCCCCAAAAGUAGAUGUCCUGGCCCCAAAAUUAUCCUUUCUUUUCCUUUGUUAAUAGCUCCCUUGCUUCACCCAUCUGCCAAUAAAAACCUUCCACGUACAACCCCUCAGAGCGCCCUUCUACUUGCUAGACAGGAUGCUGCCCGAUCCAUAAAUUGCUUAAUAAAGCCAAGUAGACCUUUAAAUUUA